CUCCCCUGGAAAACACACCCAGAACCUCCACUCUCUGACACCAUGGUCAACUCCUGUUGUGGCUCCGUCUGCUCUGAGCAGGGCUGUGGCCAGGAGACCUGCUGCCGCCCCACCUGCUGCCAGACCACCUGCUGCAGGACCACCUGCUGCCGCCCAAGCUGCUGUGUGUCCAGCUGCUGCCGCCCCUCCUGCUGUGGUUCCAGUGGCUGUGGCUCCAGCUGCUGCAGGCCCAGCUGCUGCAUCUCUAGCUGCUGCCGCCCCACCUGCUGCCAGACCACCUGCUGCAGGACCACCUGCUGCCGCCCCAGCUGCUGUGUGUCUAGCUGCUGCCGCCCCUCCUGCUCCAGUUCCAGCUGCUGUGGCUCCAGCUGUUGCCGCCCCUCCUGCUGCAUCUCUAGCUGCUGCCGCCCCUCCUGCUCUAGUUCCAGCUGCUGUGGCUCUAGCUGCUGCAGGCCCAGCUGCUGUGUGUCCAGCUGCUGUCGCCCCACCUGCUGCCAGACCACCUGCUGCAGGACCACCUGCUGCCGCCCCAGCUGCUGUGUGUCCAGCUGCUGCCGCCCCUCCUGCUGUGGUUCCAGUGGCUGUGGCUCCAGCUGCUGCAGGCCCAGCUGCUGCAUCUCUAGCUGCUGCCGCCCCACCUGCUGCCAGACCACCUGCUGCAGGACCACCUGCUGCCGCCCCAGCUGCUGCGUGUCCAGCUGCUGCCGCCCCAGCUGUUACUAGACCACCUGCUGCUGCCCAACCUACUCUGGGGGUUCUUGCUGCUGAGUAUCUUGGCCAGCAUCCCACUGUCUUUCAUCAACCAGUCUUCUUGAUAUAGUCCAACUAAGAGCUGAAGCAUGAGAGGCCAACCCUCAAUCCUCCGUUCCGAGGGACUUUUCAACUGAGUUGGCCUCCAAAUAUACUCACUCCCCCAUCACCAAUGCCCUCCUCCUCACCUCCCUUCUUACUAGCUCCCUCCCAAAGGAAUACAAAGCUUGAGUUUUCUCUGAAAUCUGUCAACCAACAUGUCAUCCCAAUCACAUUUUUGUUUCUGGCCAGAUUGUCUCAUAUGGAGAUGUUCCUAUAUCUUGAAUAAAUCUUAAUUUUCCAGGCAUACA